UAUGCAUUGACAUAUGCAGUUCUAAACUCCAGCUAGUGGGUAAAAAUGGCAGCAGACGAAAAGUUAAUUUUUUCGAAGAUUGUCCAACAUUUGGCAAGAUCACUUGCCGCGAUUAAUAAUACACCAUGGGAUAAGGUAAAUUGGCUUUUCAAAAGAUGUCCCCAAGAUUCUGGAGGUGUUUACAGAUUAGACCAGAGAGGCCAAGAUGCAACCAUUGCACUUGGCAUUUAUUUAUUGGAAUCAAAUCUACAGCACAGAGAACGAAUAAUCCCUUAUCUACUUCGAUUGUUGCGAGGUUUACCUAAAGCUGUAUGGUUGGAUGAAUUGCCUUGCGUAUUAUUGGGCAGAGUUCCAGUAGCAGAACGCUUUAGCUUUUGUUUGAAUACUCUUUUGAGUGAUAUAGCAGCAAGAUGUGAACCAGUCAGAGAAGAAAUUAUUGCUACUCAAGUUGAGAUUCUCGCAGUUCUAACUAAUCUUGUGAGAGGAUGUAUGGAUCAAAAUAAUGGAAGGGGAAUGCAAGCAAAGAUAACACUAUGCAAAUGCUAUGUAUCUAUUUUAAUUGGAUUGGCAAGAUCAAUGGGACGUUUUGCUUGUAGUGGACCUCCAUUACUUUGUAGAAUUUUUCCACGUCCAGAGCCACCAAUGCCAGAGUACAAAACUGAAAAUCCACUUUUCUCAGAGAAGAAACAGCAUAACUUCACCAAUUUUAGGUCUAUUAUUCCUCGUUCUUUGAGUAACAGUCUAAAUUCCCAAUUGAGCACUAGCUCUGGUCAGACAAGUUUUCAAUCUAGCACUGAAAGUUCUACUAUAAAAAAACCAUUUUUAAAAUCUUAUUUAUCUGUACCAUAUGACCCAAAGAUUUACUUUUUCAAUCGAUAUGGCUCUAGUUUUAAUCAAUUCCCUCAAAUGCGAUGCAAUGAUGAGCUACAGAAGAAAAUAGGUUUACAGUUCAGUGUUAUACAUUUACAAAGUAUUCUUGCUCUAGCCAAAAAAUUACUUACCAAAGAAACUUUAUCAUUCCUUGAUGAUGAGGCACAGCAGGUCUAUUCAUCACGACUUGUACAGAUUUUUCCUUAUCGAACAUUUAGUGAAACUAUGAAUUUAGUUAUGGUAGCUCUUUUACGAGAAUUACUGCAAGGUCAACACGAUUUACCUGCUCCCUUCACUAGAGAUAUUCAAGAGUUUAUGAAAGGGCUUUUUUUAUCAGGACAAACUGAACUUCAAUCAAGACAACAGCAUGAUGCCAGUGAAAGAGAAGAUAUGGAUACAGAUUAUAAAACUGUUAAUAGAUUUAAAAUGAAUGUUAUGGCUAAUUCUGCUUGUGUCGAUAUUUUAGUAUGGGCUAUUGGUGAUGAAACAGUAAAAGGCGAAUAUGAUCUAUCUGCAUUAUUUGCAGAUCUUCAUUCCAUGCUGCUUGGUGCCGGUGCCGACAGUUUAUGCAGUCGAUUGACAGAAAAGAUAUAUUCGAAUUACAGUCACAAAUUAGUUUUAGCACACAUGCCAUUGUUGAUGGUAUGUCUUGAUGGGUUGGGUAAACUCGCUCAAAAAUUUCCGAAUAUUGCCAGUACGUCGAUAUACAAUCUGAGGGAUUUUCUAGUCACACCAUCGCCGAUCCUUUUGAAAUUACACAAACAAUGCUACGAGCAAUCAUCGAGAAACCAUUUCAAAAUACCUGAUAAAAAUGGCGGUAUUUUCUUAAAAGAGAAGCUAAAUCCAACUCAACUAGCUUUUGAAACUCUGAGAGAUGCGGCUAUCAGAAACCUUUGCAUUGCUCUCGAAGCUGCUUAUUCUGUAGAUUCUGAUUGUGUACCCGCGCUUGUCGCAAGUGUAUCAAAUAGACUUUUUACUGCUGAGAAAAAUAAUAGCGAAAACGACGAGGGUUUGAUAAGCGAUUUAGUUUCGACGAACAUAGUGAUAAUGAUGGGCCAUGUAGCUGUGGCUCUAAAGAAUAAACCGAAGUCUACACGACCGAUAUUACAAUUUUUCCAACAGCGUUUCUGCCACACUCCCAGCAGGCCUGACGUGGAUACUUUGAUUGUCGACCAACUGGGUUGCAUGGUUAUAGCAAAAUGCGACGAAAAGAUACACGAGGAAAUAAUGCGAAUGUUCUCGCACUCUUUGUCAUCGAACGACGACCGCAAGCAGUACCGCCAUGUAUGCGGUGCGGUAACCAAUGCCUUAGCCAACAUAGCAGCAAAUCUCGAAGGCGAAAAGGAAAUAAACAAUCUACUGCUGAAGCUACUUGAACUUUUCGUUCAGCUUGGUCUCGAAGACAAACGUACUUCCGACAAAGCUGGCACGGUUAGCAAUGUGGCUCCGAGGGGACGCAGUAACGCCGGUAAUCUAGGAGUCCUGAUACCCGUAAUCGCGAUUCUGUUGCGACGGUUACCACCGAUUCGCAACCCGCGGCAGCGGGUUUUCAAGCUCUUUAAGGACUUCUGGCUUUACUGCGUUAUACUGGGCUUUGCCUCAGACUCGCUGCCACGUCUUUGGCCUGCCGAUUGGCAUGAAGGUGUCAAAGAGAUUGCCGUCAAGUCACCUUAUCUCGUUUCCGCGGACACGAAUACAAGAAUCGAGAUGCGUGAGUUGCAAUAUACUGCCGCUGUGCGUAACGAUACUGUGUCGAUGAACGAAUUACAAGAGCUUAGGAGUCAAAUUCUUAAGAUGAACAGCAGGUCAAGUGAAAUAACUGCAUUCGUUCAAAAAAUGCAAUUCGCUCAGUGUACUUACCUGUUGUCAGUGUACUAUCUGGAAACAUUGAGAGUAGCUAACAGUCCAGAACCAAGUCUUCAGCCGAUAAUGGAGUAUCUUAGUGACACCGAGUUACAAAAAGAUAAGAAUGGUAUGUGGCAGUGCAUCUGCAGUGUUGGCGACGCCGUGUUUACCAAGUUCAAGGACGUGAUGCAGCGCAAACCGAAGAAUGAGCAACGCGAACGCGAGCUCGAAAAACACGCUCAGUUCCUGCUCGUAUACUUCAAUAACGUCCACAAGCAGAUUAGACGCGUUGCUGACAAGUAUUUGUCGGCAUUGGUUGAUGCUUUCCCUCACCUGCUGUGGAAUUGCCGAGUACUUUGGUGCAUGCUGGAUAUAUUGCAGGUACUCUCGUUUUCAUUACAGCUCGAUCCCAACGAGGAAACGCCACAGCUCAAGGUUCCCGAGACCACUUACAGCAUUCAAUUGAUGGAAAGAAUUGAAGACCGAGAGAGCAUUGUCAAAGACUUUACCGCUAGAUGCAAAGGCAUCGUUCAAGAGGCCAUGAAAUGGGCACCGCAAGCGACACGAUCUCAUCUCCAAGAGUACAUCAAACAAUUUCAAUCAUCCGGCUUGUGUCACCACUCAGGUUUAGCUUUAGCUAUGGACUCGGUUCUCGAACUCGUAGACUUGUCGAGCCAUGGACCAGCAAUGGGACCACAAGGCACGAGCAACUCCCUUGACAAGCGCCCGCGCAUGAAGGGCGCAAGCUCGUGGUUGUUGCUGCUGAUGACGACACGCUCGUGGUACGCCGGCGAAGUCGCCGGCAUCUUAAAUCUAGUCCGCGGCGAUACUCCCGAUCAGCCCAGCGACGAGGAGAUCACCAACACGGUCGUCAACCGGCUUAUUGACGAGCUGUGGCGUGCCUGUCGAAAGGGCGAUGAAAACGAGCAUCACAGUGCUCUGUGGCGAGCGACUGCUCUGCUUAUUUCGAUUCCCGGAAUACACAGGAGGCUGCUACACACGGUAGCGUGCUCGCAGAUAGAAUUGUUUACUCGCACGACCAUGAACACCGCCGUCGAGUGCUGGCAGUGGAUGUUAACCGCUCGGCCGGACCUCAAGCUGCGUUUCCUACAGGAGAUGCUCGCCGCAUGGCAGUACACCGUAGACAAACGUAUGGGCGUGUUUUCAGUCGAGGAGGAACAGGUCAAUCCUUUGGCCGUGUAUGAGGGCUGCAAACUCGGGCCGAAUCCUCCGUUAGUCAAACCACAUGAGAUUUGGGUAAGCUUCAUCGUAGAUCUCGCCGAGACGGCAAAGUAUUGCUGCCAGGAGACCGUCGAGAUGAUAGCUCUCUUGCUACAUCGCUCGCUGCCUAUGACCGUGGGCUCGUUCAAGGACGAGCUACACUUGAAUCGCCACGUCGCCGCUGUCGGCGUACGCUUCAAGCUACUAUCCUGCGGACUGCUCUUGCUUCAAGGCGACAUUUUGCCGCGCUCGCUCAGCAAAAACGUGCUUCGCGAGCGUGUUUACUGCAAUUGCCUCGAUUACUUCUGUCGUGAACGACAAACGCCGACUCAAGAACUCGACCAACUGCGUGACGAUAUCGCUACGUUGAUUCGUUUCUGGCAAGUGAUGCACAGCGAAAAAAAGUACUUGAUGAUGUCGAACGCCGAGGCAGAGCUCGAUCUUAUCAGACAUCCACCGCCAGUUGACUCGCUUCUCAGCACGACCAUUGGGGCUGCAGCUGGAGCUAGUAUGGCUGCUGCUGCGGCUGAUGUUGCUCGAUCACCCGCUUCCAGCUGGAUAAGCACGGUACCUCUUUCCGCGAGCAGUAAUACCUUAAGUAAACGCAGCAAUCGUAGUAAACGUCUCGUUGCGGCUAAUCUCUAUGUCAAGGACUAUAUAAGGAAAAGAAACCUCAUUCUCGAGCUACUAGCUGUCGAGAUUGAGAUGUUGCUGGUUUGGGCAAAUCCAGGUAGUAGACAAGAGCUUGCGAUACCAGGCGAACAAAGCAUCGCCGAGUGGCGAUCGAAGUCGAUGACCGACCGUUGGCGCGAUUACACUCGCUUGGCUUGGGAAAUUAGCCCUGUGCUUGCGAUCUUCUUACCGGUGCGUUUGAAGAACGCGGACUCGAUCAUCAAAGAAGUUUGUAGGCUCGUGCAGCUACAGCCUGUGCAAGUGAUGCACGUUUCCGAAGCUCUGCAGUAUCUUGUCACCACGGAGACUCUUCUGAACGACACUCCCAAGCUGGUAUACAUGUUGACGUGGGCAAGAUGCUUGCCAAUCGAAGCAUUGGCAUACUUCUCGAGGCAGUUCCCGCAUCAUCCGAUUUCCGCUCAAUUCGCAGUCAACGUAUUGGAAAGCUACCCAGCUGAUGCGGUACUGUUUUACAUUCCACAACUUGUGCAAGCCGUGAGGCAUGAUUCUAUGGGUUACGUAACCGAGUUUAUCAAAGCCAUCGCCAAACGCUCACAGAUUGUGGCUCAUCAACUCAUAUGGAACAUGCAUACAAAUAUGUACAUGGACGAAGACAAACAAGUAAAAGAUCCCGUUCUUUUCGAUACGCUGGACGCGCUCGUUAAGAAUAUUCUGGGUGCUUUGUCGGGACCAGCCAAGCAGUUCUAUGAACGAGAAUUUGACUUCUUUGAGAAAAUAACCAACAUAUCUGGCGAAAUCAGGCCUUAUCCGAAAGGCCCUGAGCGAAAGCAGGCUUGCCUUGAUGCUUUGAGGAAAAUUGAAGUACAGCCUGGCUGCUAUCUGCCUUCGAAUCCUGAAGCGAUGGUCAUUGAUAUUGAUAAGGAUAGUGGCACGCCUAUGCAGAGUGCCGCGAAAGCUCCGUUCUUGGCGAGAUUCAAAGUGCAACGUUACGGUAUCAAAGAGUUGGAGAACAUUGCAAUGGCGGUGUCUGCUAAUGGUAGGGUAGAGGUCAAGAGUUCCGGCGAAGAGACAUGGCAAGCUGCUAUCUUCAAAGUCGGAGACGAUGUGAGACAAGAUAUGUUAGCUUUACAAGUUAUCAGCAUUUUUAAGCAUGUUUUUGAACAAGUUGGGCUUAAUCUAUUCCUGUUCCCAUACCGAGUUGUCGCUACCGCACCUGGAUGUGGCGUUAUCGAGUGCGUGCCUGAUGCAAAGUCACGUGAUCAACUUGGUCGACAAACUGACUACGGGAUGCACGAGUACUUUGUUUCGGUACACGGGGAUGAGUCAUCCAAAGCCUUCCAAAACGUUCGACGUAAUUUCGUUAAAUCCAUGGCAGCUUACAGUGUCAUUACUUAUCUGCUUCAAAUCAAAGACAGACACAACGGCAAUAUAAUGAUUGACAAACAAGGUCACAUUAUUCAUAUCGAUUUUGGAUUCAUGUUCGAAAGCUCUCCAGGUGGAAAUUUAGGUUUUGAACCUGAUAUUAAACUUACGGAUGAAAUGGUUCUGGUUAUGGGUGGAAAAAUGGAGGCUGCUCCAUUUAAAUGGUUUAUGGAACUUUGUGUCCAAGCGUUUCUAGCAAUAAGGCCCUAUCAAGAAGCUAUUAUAUCGUUGGUUUCCCUCAUGCUUGAUACUGGCCUACCUUGUUUCCGGGGCCAAACUAUCAAAUUAUUAAGAAGCCGUUUCGCGCCAAUGGCUACUGAUCGCGAAGCGGCCACUUUCAUGGUUAAUGUUAUCAGAAACAGUUAUUUGAAUUUCCGUACUAAGACUUAUGAUAUGAUACAAUACUAUCAGAAUCAAAUUCCGUAUUAAUUGAAACAUGAAAGCUUCUUCAAAAUCUUAUUUGUAACAUAUAUACGAUAACAUUAAUUUGAUGGUAAAUUUGAAACAUAGACAACGUUGAAAGUCCACAAUUUUACAUUUUUUUUGUGACAGUAUUAUGCAAAAUAUUGUAUGUUUCUCUUUCAAUUAAUUCUUUUGACUCUAUAUUAUUUUAUGCUUAGUGAACAAUGUACUUAAUAAGAUGCAACAUUCCUGCAUGUAACAGUGAUUUGUGAAUAGCACUAGAUUAAUAAUAUAUUGAAGUUGUUGAGAUCAAUUUUAUUUUUAUUCGUCAUUCCUAAUUGUUACGCAUAAGUAAUGUAUAUACUACUGUGAUUUUGGGUAAAAAACUGUUUGGAUUUUUCUCUGAAAAUAUAUAUGGUUGAUUGUUAAAUACACAGUUGGCAAAAUUAUGUUUUCUCCUAGGUGAAAAAAAUCUUUAAGUAUUUGAAAGUAAGAUAUUCAUAACUAUUCACAUCUACCUUUAUUGAUUUUUCCAGUAGCUAUCAGCAAUGAAAUCUAAUAGUUUUUAUUCCAA